CACUUCAUAUGUAUGACAGAUUUGCAUCCUCAUAUGCCUUGAGUACCAUAUCCCAGAUGCAUUCUGUGGAGGUCAGAAGAGGGAGUCAGGUUUCCUGGGUCUGGAGUUACAGGUGGUUGUGAGUCUCUCACACAAUCCCUAAGAUUGAUACAAUAACAUAUUCACAUAGCAUAACUCAGUUGUGUAAGAAAAUAAAAUCUCUCUAUACCUGUCUAUAGUUCCACUUCCCCGAAAUCUGAUUCCGUUGCUAACCUGACAGCUCAUACUAAUAAAAUUAUAUAGAAAGACUUGUAUCACUAUUUUAAGUGGUGUAUACCACCUGUGAGUGUGCUGUAUAGGUGUGCUUAGAGUCGAGAGGUGUAGUAACCCCUGGAGCUGGAGUUAGGGUAGCUGUGGGCACCUGUGUUCUGAGAACCACCUACAGGUCCUCUGCCUGAGUAGCCAAAUUUGGGAACUCCAGAGGCAGAUCGCCAUCCUGCACAGUAUAGGUUGUCGGGGAUCUGUUCUCUUUACAUCUUCUCUUGAAGCUGAUAUUCUAGAUGCCUCUACUCAAAGAGAAUGCUGAGAUCAGGAGAGAGGAUGGUGAGCUUUUCCAAUUUAGUGGCUUUUAGUGUCUAGGAUUCUCUCAGUUUGCAGUUGGUCCCUGACAACCGCCUCUAUGUCAUAUUUUGCAUCUGCUCCUUUGCAGUAGGUCCUUGUCCUUCCCUUCCCAAUAUGUAAAGUACAUGUCUAGAUUGUCUGAUGUUUUCCUGAGCUUUUUUUCUCAUCUCUUUAAUGUAGGAAUUUGAGCGUAUCAACAAGUUCUGGGGCCUGUUUUUAAAUGUCUGUUUUAUUUCUCAUUGCAAGUUUGCUUCUAGCCAUAUAAAGGAGGGCCUGAUCAUGGAGCAGGACCCAGAGAGCCGAGAGUCUAUCGAGAACUUUACCACUGACUAUAAGAUCAUAAGAACCCUGGGAAGGGGACGAUUUUCAGUCGUAAAAAUGGCCUACCACGUCCCAACCCUCACCUGUGUAGCUAUAAAAGUUCUCAAGAACACCGAGAAGUGCUCCUCAGUGAUGAGCAGGGAAGUUGACAUUCUAAAGUCCCUGGGCCAUCCUCAUAUCAUCAAGGUGGUCGAAGUGGUCCAGACAAGAGAGGCCACCCACCUGGUCAUGGAGCAUGCCUCUCAGGGAGACCUACUGGACCGAAUCCGGGAAUGUGGAUAUUUAAAAUCGUGGGAGGCCCGAAGAAUGUUUAGACAGAUAUUAGAGGCAGUACAAUUCUGCCAUGACAAUAAUAUUGUCCACCGAGACAUAAAGGCCAACAACAUUUUGAUAGACGGAAGGUCGAAUGCCAAGCUCUGUGAUUUUGGCCUAGCUGCUAAAACACUUCCUGGGCAGAAGCUGAUUGAUUUCUGUGGCACGCUGCCAUACUGUGCGCCAGAAUUCUUUGAAGCUGAGGAAUAUGAGGGCCGCCCAUUUGACGUAUGGAGUGUAGGUGUCCUCCUCUUCUUCAUGGUGACUGGGCACUUGCCUUUCCUAGGCAAGUCAUUUGCAGAGGUGAGGAGACACAUCAGUUCAGCCAAUUUCAGCAUUCCGCCUCACGUUGACAACGAUAUUUUCAAUGUUAUAGUGGAAAUGCUGAUGAUAAAUCCCAGCAGGAGGCCCAGCAUCCAGCAAAUUAUGAUGCGCCCCAUGAUCAAAGACAGCCAGGCCUACUCACCACCGACAUCCAUACAGACGUUCACAGGAACACCAAGCCCUAGCACCAUCAAAGCCAUGAGAGUCAUGAGGCAUACACCUGAGAAAAGCACUGAGUCUCUCAUAGACCAAAAUAUCAACGAGGUGCUGGCAACAUACUUGAUUCAACAGCACAAGCCACUCAGGAAAGUCUGCACACACCACCAAGUGGAGCCAGGUCUAGAAGAUCUUCACUCCUUCCCUCGUUUUCUUAAGAGAAAGGGACCUCUUCUCUCCUCCUUCACCUUGUCCUCACAUUCAUCCAAUAUUCGGGAGAAGGAGGAUAGGAAGAAUUCCAGGAAGCCUCCUCGAAGGAGGAGGGACAGGUGUUAUGAGCAGAGUCAAAAGAAUAACUUAAUGAUGGAGCAGCAAAUUGGUGUGGCCCUAGCUCAUGACAGCUUCCGGCCUCCACUGGAGUAUGCAUUCCACUGGAUAAAUCUACCCAGGCUGCUUCCAUUAACCUGA